AUGUAUAUUCAAACCGAAGUAUCUUCAAAUAUGAACACUAUGCCAACAGGGACUCCAGCAAAUGUUGCCACCGAACCUUCGACCCCAUCCAAAGCAAAGGUAUACCUAACAAUCUUAGGUUUCACCGCUUUAUUUACACUCAUUUUCAAACAAUUAAUCAAUAUAUUUGGCACCAUAAGAACCAAAAAAAUCAUCUUAGAAAAGGGCAAAUUCCAUAAAUUCCCUUUAAUCUCCAAGACAAUCCUAACACAUAACACCGCGACAUACACCUUUGGAUUGCCUCAUAAAGAUGAUAUCUUGGGAUUACCAAUUGGUCAACAUAUCUCUAUUAAGGAAAAUAUCGAUGGUAAGAUGAUAAUGAGAUCUUAUACUCCAACUUCCUUGGAUUCUGAUACUCAUGGACAAUUUGAAUUAUUAGUUAAGACUUACCCUAAUGGUAAUAUUUCAAAGUUUAUUGGGAAUUUGAAAAUUGGUGAGACUAUUAAUGCAUGUGGACCUCAAGGUAAUUACGAAUAUGAAGUUAAUUGUCGUAAGAAAUUGGGGAUGAUUGCUGGAGGGAGUGGAAUUGCGCCAAUGUUCCAGAUUAUGAAAGCUAUCUAUUUGAAUGAAAAUGAUAAGACUCAAGUUACUUUACUUUAUGGGAAUGUUCACGAAGAGGAUAUCUUGUUGAAGAAGGAAUUGGAUGCAAUGGUAUCUGGGAGACCUGAUCAAUUUAAGAUAGUUUACUUGUUAGACGAUCCUGAAAGAGAAGACUGGGAAGGUGAAACUGGUUAUGUUACCUUGGAGUUGAUGGAAAAAUAUAUACCAAAACCAACUGAAGAAUCUGUUCAACUAUUAAUUUGUGGUCCACCAAGAAUGGUGGGUACUGUGAAGAGAAACGCUGUGACUAUGGGAUACCCAAGGGCUAAACCAAUCUCAAAGAUGGAAGAUCAAGUCUUUAUAUUUUAG